CCUAGAUCGUCUCCCCUCUGGAGAAGCCACAGUGUCAGGAUGCACACCAUAAAGACAGUGGAGACCCAGGUGCCCUUCCUGAAAGAGAGUUUCUUCACCACCACUUUCAAAGGCAGGAGGAAGAGCAGCGUUACCAACCUCCUCCGUAAACAACAGCACUCCCUCCUCAAUCAACAGCACCUGCAGCAACAACAGUGCAUUUUAGAGCAGCAACAGCAGCAUCUGAAGCAAUUUCUUCCCCCUUCGGUCCAGAAUGAACAAGGGCAGCGCACUCCGGAUCAUCAGCGGCUUGCUCGUUCGACCAGCAACCCGUUAUGCAAGACAGCCGAACGUGCAGGAGCAGAUGUGGAUAGAAAGGAGGGGCAAAAAGAGAGGAAGGAUCAGAGAGUGAGAGAGGGUAGGAGGGGAGAGCGAGGAGUGAGUGGUAGCGAGCCCGCGGCUGUCAGUGCCAGUCCCCUCCUCCUUUUAGUAUCAGCAUCAGCAUCAGCGGCGCUGGGAGAGGCAGCAGUAUUCUCACAGCUGCCUUUAACUGUGGUGGGCAGACAGCAGGGAUCAGGCAGCUCUGACAGGGCUCCGACCAACAGAGGACCACCACCAGCAGCAUCAGCAGCCCAAGAGGAAGCCCGGCAUGCCCAGCCUCGACCCCAGCAGCAUGGCCUGUUAGCCAAGGGUGUCCGCCUGCUCAGGAACAUGGGCAACCAGGAAACGAAACAGAAGAAAGGAGGAGGAAGUGGUGGAGCAGCAGCUGGGGAUGUGACCGGCGAUGGCGAUGCUGAUGAGAGGGAAGUGGACAAAAAAUCGAAAAAGUCCCACGGUAAGAUAAGUAAAGGAGGAGAACACAGUGGUAGGAAGAAAUCAAAGUCAGAGUCAAAGGGUUCUGUGUUUUCCGGCAUGAAGAUCAGGAAGAGUUUAUCAAAGGCGAAAGGGCUGUCUAAGGAUGACAUGGUACACUUGGGCAAAGCAGCGUUCAGGCCUGAGGCAACUGAUGAGACGGGCAUGCUAUCAGAUGUCAGGGGGGAUCUAUGCCAUAUGCCUGCAGAUGGCGACCAGUCCAUGGUGGAUGAGAUUGGUCGAAAGACGAGCUCGGGGUCGGAUGACCUCUACAGUUUUCACUCAGCAGCAGCUGAAAAUGAAGACCUGCUCUCUGACAUCCAGCAGGCCAUGAGAGACCAAUGUGUGGCCAGUGACGGGCUGGAAAUGGUGACUGGCUACUUAUCUGAAGGGUCAACAUCUGCAAGGAACAAAGUCUCUGAAGAGGUAAUGUCCCACCAGCUAUUUAAUCUGGAUACAGAUGUUUUCUCACCCCCUAAUGGUGGUGAACCUCAAAAAGUAAGCGAAGAGUAUAAUAAUUUAGAGAAUGAAAACAUACCAAGGUCAAGAAAUUCUUCUGGUCCAGGGUCUCUGAGUGAAAGUGGUCUAACGUCUUCGGCCCCGGACAGCAGUGGCAGCCUCCUCCCAAAGACCAACAGCUCGUACAGCUUCCCUGACACCACAGCCACCAGCACCUCGUAUGAGAGUGCUGAGGAAACCCAGGAUGGCCUGGAGAGCCCGGUUCUGCACCCACAGGUACCACAGAGCAUAAACGCAUGUGUGCCAAGUGUCUGCGUGGAUCCCAUAGGGUCUCAGAAGAGUGCGAGCAGCAUGGACCUGUCUAUUGAGAGGGAGGAAGAACCAGGCAGACGGGACUUCCUGUCCCUGAAAAGGAGGAAGAGCAGCUUGUCUAUUGGUCUGCUAGCAGCAGACGGCUCCAAUGUUUCUCAGCCCAGACGGACGUCUUCCACCACAUCCCCUUCAACAGUCAAACUCUACCCCCCAGUCCACCCUUCCUAUGUUAAGACCACCACCAGGCAGCUCACCUCUCCAAUUGCCUCCCCUGUUACCAGCCCCAACGUGCCCAGGAAGACAGACGCCACCAUCGCUUCGGUAGAAUCAUCUACCCAAGGGUUCAGGAGGCAGAAGCAGAGGUCUUGCUCUGUUGCCGGGCCCCUCGGUGAGUCUGCAGAGUGGUUCGCAGAGCUAGAUAAGCUGAGAUGGAGGCAGGGUGGCGGGGCUAGAUGUCCAGAGCAGGAGACACCAGAGAAGAGUUCCACAGGCGGGGCGUACUGGACUCUGGGCUCCAGGAGAGCACAUUAUGGACGGCAGCACUCCACUACAGUACCCUACCUGGAUGUCUUCUCUGGUCACACUCUGUUGGACUGGUUGUGUAUGCAUCCUGGAGAUGGGUCUGCAGAAGAGGAGGCGAAGGAACUGUGUCACCGAUUGUUGGUCCAGGGUCUGCUGCACCCCUUCAGCGACAGCUCAGCAGAGCUCCAUGGUGACAGCCCUGCCCCAGCAGUCUUUAAUGAGGAGCAGCUGUACACCUGGGCAUCUGUAGGUGUGCCAGUGUCCUCUCACGUGUGGGAACAGUAUGGGGGGCGAACCACAGGCAGAGAACAGAGCUUGAGAUCCCCUUUGCAUCAAUCAUCGGCCAAGAUAGCAGGAGCUCUACACUCUCAGACAGAAUCCAGCAGGUUGAAGUCAGGCCAGUCGUCCUCAGAGGAUGAAAGCUGCCUCAUCCCUCAGCUGGAGAGGACCGUCGAUGACCUGCGGAUUAAGAUCGCUGUGUUGCAGGGCCAGCAGGCCUCCUUGGCAAAGGGCAGCGGGGAUAAUAUGGGAGUUCUGGGCGCUGCCCACCCCAAGGCCUCACAGAUGAGAGGAGGGAGACUGGGAAAGAUGAGCCAGGAGGCGUCUGUCCAGACCUCACCUGUGGAGGAGGGCUUUAAGUUCGACGUGCCUUUCAGCGGAGGAUCAGGCGGCGUGUCGUCUUCUGUUUCAUCCUCCGUCCCCAAAUCUACAGGGAGCUUUGUCUGCACGUGCCAGCAGAGGCAACAGAGCAGCGCCCAUCAAGCUCCUCCGCCCCCACCACCACCUCCCCCACCUUUACCCGGGUUUGGACCUUGUCCACCACCGCCUCCUCCUCCUCCUCCACUACCAGGUUUCGGACCUCCACCACCGCCUCCCCCUCCUCCUCCUCCUCCACUACCAGGCUUCGGACCUCCACCACCUCCUCCUCCCCCGCCUGGUUUUGGACCUCCACCCCCACCUCCUCCCCCGCCUGGUUUUGGACCUCCACCCCCACCCCCUCCGCCUGGAAUGGGGCCCCCUCCUCCACCCCCACCCCCAGGCUUUGGGCCUCCACCACCACCAGGCCCCAUGCCCUCCAUGAUGGCCCAGGAAGCUGCCCCUGCCAAGGCUGCGAUAGAGCCCCCCAAGCCAAUGAAGCCACUCUACUGGACACGCAUACAGCUAAAUGAUAAAAAACCCGUUGGCGCACUGGUGUGGGACACAAUUGAGGAACCAAGUGUGAACUUUGAAGAAUUUGUGGAACUAUUCUCCAAAAGUGCUGUUAAGGAGAAGAAAAAGCCAAUUUCAGACACAAUCAGCAAGUCCAAGGCCAAGCAGGUGGUGAAGCUCUUGAGCAACAAGCGCUCGCAGGCCGUCGGUAUUCUGAUGUCCAGCAUUCAUCUUGAUAUGAAGGACAUCCAGAAUGCCGUCCUAAAUAUGGACAACACUGUUGUUGAUCUGGAGACUCUGCAAGCCCUUUAUGAAAAUAGAGCUCAAAAUGACGAAAUGGACGGCAUUAAAAAGCAUAUUAAAUCAUCCGAAGACAAGAAGGACGCCAAGCCGCUGGACAAGCCUGAACAGUUUCUAUUCCAGUUAUCCCAAAUCCCCAACUUCUCUGAGCGAGUGUUCUGCAUCCUGUUUCAGUCAACUUUCCAUGAAUGUAUCCUCUCAAUCCUCCGCAAAAUAGAAAUCCUCCAGAGAGUCUGCAAGACUCUCCAGGAUGGUAAGUGUGUAUUGCAGGUGCUUGGCCUGGUGCUGGCUUUCGGCAACUUCAUGAACGGAGGGAAUCGGACUCGAGGGCAGGCCGACGGCUUCACCUUGGACAUUCUGCCAAAACUGAAGGACGUCAAGAGCAGCGAUAACUCCAGGAGUCUUUUGUCCUACAUCGUUGCUUACUAUCUAAGGCACUUUGAUGAGGAUGCUGGCAGAGAGACGUGUGUCUACUCUCUGCCCGAGCCCCAGGACCUUUUCCAGGCCUCCCAGAUGAAGUUUGAGGACUUUCAAAGAGAUCUGCGCAAGCUGAAGAAGGACCUCAAUGCAUGCUCGGCUGAGACUGAGAAAGUUUGCAAGUUUUCCUCUGAAGAGAACCUGCAACCGUUUAAGGACAAGAUGGACGAAUUUCUUAUCCAAGCCAAAACCGAACUGGAAACGCAAGAGAAGCAGCUGGCAGACACUCAGAAGAUCUUCUUGGAGUUGAGUGUGUCCUUCUCAGUUAAACCCAAGGCGGGAGAGAAAGAGGUCUCUCCCAACACGUUCUUCUCCAUUUGGCACGAGUUUUCCACUGAUUUCAAAGACCAGUGGAAGAAGCAGAAUAAGCUGAUGUUGCAGGAGCGGGUCAAAAGGGCUGAAGAGUGCUUCAAACAGGCCAAGGAGAAGGCUUCCUACAAUGUGAAACCCAAACAUGCAACUGGAAUAAAAGCAAAGCUGGGCCAGAAGAUCUGAUGCAGAGAAUGGAAAAUGAUCAUCAGCCAGCCUAUUGCACAAGUACAAUCGGACAUCAGUCAUUUGACAACAUUUAUUUGCUUCCGAUACUUGUUUUCAGUUGAUCUAGACCUGUUGUUUAUUGUGAGUUAGUUCAAAGUAGAUAUUAUAUUGUUUAAAAGUGGAAUGAAAAAUUGCAUUCUCAGCCACCCUUUCAUAGCACUCGCAUAAUUAAAUGACAUAUUGCUACCAAAAGACAUCCGUAAGCUGAGAUGAUUAAAUGGAGUUGCCAGAAAAUGCUCCGUGGAGAAAUUUGUAGCAACACUAUAUCCAAGCUUACUCAGUAUUUUAUAAGCCAUAUGUAGCCUGUUUUCUUUUUUUUAGUGCAAUUCAAAAGCCUAGUUUAUAUGAAGGAAUGAAUGCCUUCUCUUUAUAUCUCCCUUAACGGUGAAAAGCACAGAGUUUUCUAACAUUUCUACACGGUAGGUACGGAUCACCUGCCAGACAGAAAGUGCCUUAUCGCACAGUGGAGGGGUCAAAUCAGUGCUGCAGAGCUUAUUUUAUAGACAUAUCACCUGCAAUUAAAUGUUAACAUGUUACAUAGGCUGAAACGUGACAAAUUUGCUUUUCUUAAUAAUUUCAUCAAGUUUGUUUCAGAACAUUGUGAUAAUUAGCAGCUCCAGUAUUGUAGUUUAAUAUGUGUUUUCAUUCAAAAAAAGGCUUAAGUGGUAUGAUCUGAUUUAGACCACUAUUGUUUUAUUCAGCAGUAUUGUCAACAUUGCUUUGUGUUUUAAAGGGAUAGUUCAGGUGCUUUGAAGUAGGGUUGUAUGAGGUACUUAUCCAUAGUCAGUGUAUUACCUAUAGUAGAUGACGGUCGGCACGCCCCCAUUUUGGAGAAGCCGACAUGAGUACCGGCAUCGGAGCAAAGCAAUGUACCGCUGUGGAUGGGGCAAGCAGCAAAACGUAUUUUAGCCUCUUAAAAGAAAGGCCCACCUAAAAAAAUCAAUAUCAGUUUAAGUGAACGCUAAAUUUAGAAUAUUU